AUAUAUAUUAAUAGACGUUCAUAAUAUUGCAUUUAAUUCCCAUAUUCUUAGAAAUUUAGGCUUCAUUCAAUUCCAAUGGCUCCUACCCAAGCUCUCUCAAUUCCAGCCGUUGGUUUUGGUUUCCUGCCAAGGAAAUCCAGCGGACCAACGGCCAGAACCAUAGCCGCCGCAGCAGCAGCUAAUAAGCCUCACAGUCACAACCAAAAUUGGGGUGUUAGAUCAAAAAUGGGAGAUCAUCAAAGGCCACCGAAAUCGACGGUGGACGUUGAGCGAUUGGUGGAAUUCUUAUACGAAGAUCUCCACCACGUGUUCGAUGAACAGGGGAUUGAUCGGACGGCUUACGAUGAAGAAAUGAGAUUUCGAGAUCCAAUUACUAAGUACGAUAACAUUACGGGAUAUUUGCUAAAUAUUGCCCUCUUGCACCACUUCUUCAGGCCGAAGAUGAUCUUGCAUUGGGUAAAAAAGACUGGACCAUAUGAGAUAACUACAAGAUGGACUGCAGUAAUGAAGUUUAUGGUUCUACCAUGGAAACCAGAAUUUGUUGUGACAGGAACUUCCAUUAUGGGUAUUAAUCCACACACUGGCAAGUUUUGUAGUCAUGUGGAUCUUUGGGAUUCAGUACAAAAUAAUGACUACUUUUCUAUAGAAGGCCUCUGGGAUGUAUUUAAACAGAUUCGUUUUUAUGAGACUCCAGAAUUGGAAUCGCCUAAAUAUCAGAUAUUGAAAAGGACUGCAAAUUAUGAGGUGAGAAAAUAUGAGCCAUCUAUAGUGGCAGAAAUAAGUGGAGAGAACCUGUGUGGGUGUGCUUAUGCUAGAUUCGAUCGCGUUGGCAGUUGGGCAAAUUGUAAAGAGGACACAACUAAGAACUUGAGAAAGAACGAAGGAGGCAUUGCCGCAGUGUUGAAAUUCAGUGGAAAAUCCACGAAAGAUGAAGUGCAAAACAAGGCCAAACAAUUGAGGCAUAGUCUCAAAAAGGAUGGUCUUAAACCCAUUAACAAUAGCUCUUUGCUUGCACGGUACAACAAUUCCUACCCAACAUGGAGCUUUGUAAUGAGAAAUGAGGUGCUAAUAUGGCUUGAAGAUUUCUCAAUAUAGGCGUCCAAGUCCAACACGGCUUUAGGAAAAUCCCAAUUCCUUAGUUCAUAUAUUGUUUUCUAAAAUUAGUUGUGAAUAGAUGAGUUAUUUGGUAAAGCCAAUAUGUUUGUUGCCUUAUUUGUGUGUCGAUUACGACCAUUAUUUGUCCACUUUAUAGGUCGGCCAUACAAUUGUCUUUGAUACGGCACUUCAAAAACUGUUCAAAAUUUCUUGAUGUGUGAAUUGGACAAAAGCUCUAUAAGCUCUAUGUCUUAA